AUGCUGGGAAUUCCGUUCUUGGACGACGCGGUCAGUCGAAUAUUCAAACCUCACACUUUCGAUGAUCCUAUCGACCGGUUGAACUACUUCAUAACAGCCAGUUUGUUGGCAUUUUUUGCCAUCAUGGUUUCUGCCAAACAGUACGUAGGAGCUCCAAUUCAAUGCUGGAUGCCUAUGGAGGUAAUUAUCGUUUAAAAAUUCAUAUUUUUGAAAAAAUUUAAUUUUUUUAACUAAAGUUAAUUUUUAAAAUAUUUUUUAGUUCAAAGGAGGAUGGGAACAGUACGCAGAGGAUUACUGCUUUAUCCAGAACACUUACUACGUUCCCAUGGAGGAAGAGAUUCCUCAAGAAAUCUCUGACCGUGACGAACGACAAUUUGGCUACUACCAAUGGGUACCAGUAGUCCUAGCUCUACAAGCUUUUAUGUUUUACAUUCCUAACUGGAUCUGGAAGACUCUUCAUCAACAAAGCGGUAGGUAACCUUCUUUUGCUUUAGUUUUUAUAAAAAUUAUUAAUUUAUAUUGAGGUAGAUCUUGUUUAUUAAUUCUGUCAUAACACACUUCACUUACUGGCGUUUAUUGAGCUAUAGUUGUUGUCGAUAUCACACAAAUAUUGCACAAACAAACUGUUAUUCAAACAUUUGCAGGUCUGGACCUUUCAACUGCGAUCACAGAUGCCCAGAACAUACGAUCAAUGAAAUGCAAAGAUAAACACGAAGAGUCGUCCAAACUGUCACAGUACCUUUGUGAAUCUCUGGAGAUCAAUGAAGUCCGCCAAGUGCCACGAACCAUCUUCUGUAUGCGUUUUGGCCGAAGUUUGGGAUCGUUUGUGUCGAUGUUGUACUUGUUCAUCAAGCUGAUGUACUUGGUCAAUGUCUUUUCCCAGUUCGUGUUGUUGAACAACUUCAUCGGUCGAGGGUUCCAUCUAUGGGGAUGGACGGCCCUUCAGACGCUGUGGACUGGCGGAGAGUGGACAGACUCUCCAGUGUUCCCGAGGGUUUCGAUGUGUGACUUCAGAGUACGAAGGCUGGCCAACAUGCACAGAUACACAGUCCAGUGUGUACUCAUGAUCAACAUGUUCAACGAGAAGAUCUACCUUUUUAUUUGGUUCUGGUUCAUGUUCGUGGCCAUCUCGACCAGCAUCAACUUCCUCUACUGUUUGUCUCAGAUGCUACCACCUCGUGCUAGAGAGAAUACCAUCAGGAAAAUGCUGAAACGCUACGACGAUCAUGACAACAUCUUCGAGCAGCCAUCUGGACAACAAGUUAUAUCUAACUUUGUCAACAAUGGUCUUCGUCCAGGUAUGAUAAUCGUGAUUAUAUAAUUUUUAAAUUUUUUUAUAAAAUGUUUUUAGAUAGUUUUUGACAAUGUUUUAUGUUGUUGUGUUUCAGAUGGAGUCCUGCUACUUCGUUUCAUCGAAGGACACGCUGGCGCCAUCGUGGCUCGUGACAUCUGCAACAGACUGUUCAAGGAAUACCUAAAGGGUCUUCAGAAGGACCUACAACAACGACCAUACCUUGCUCCACCUAGCUCGCAUUCUACCAAAUCCACUUCCCCGGGGGUAGAAGAAUCGUACGGGCGUGUGCCCCUACCAGAAUAUCAGGAAAAGCUUCUGCAACCAGACUCGGCCUUCAGUCUGGGAAAGCCCAAAUACGUGUAA